GCAGAGCGCCAAAAACUUGCUCCUUCUUCUGCUGCAAUCAACCUUAAAUCCGCUGCAAAAUGGGCCCUAAAGAGCACAUUGAAGAAAUCAGGAGAAGCAAGUUUUCUAUCGGAGGAGUACCCAACCCCUUGACCCAGGAUUUCCACCAUGCUGUCAGCAACCUUUCUGCGGAGCUUUACACCAAGGACGUUCACUUUCUAAUGGAACUUAUUCAGAAUGCUGAAGAUAACGACUAUUCCACCUCUGUCAAACCCUCCUUCGAGUUCAUUGUAACGUCUCGAGACGUCACCCAAACUGGAGCUCCUACCACACUACUUAUUUUCAACAACGAGACUGGCUUUUCUUCAAGCAACAUUGAUUCUAUUUGCAGCCCUUACAUAUUCAGUAACGGAUAUCAGAUACGCUUCAACGAACAACCUUGCCCACAUUGUGGCGUUGGAUACGUUGUUCCUGAGUGGGUUGAAGAGAAUCCAGUUCUUUCCAACAUCAAGAAAAUUUACGGUCAGCAUUCUAAACUGCCAGCAACCACAAUAGUUUUGCCGUUGAAGCCUGACAAGAUCAAACCUGUGAAGCAGCAGCUUUCUAGCAUUCAACCGGAAGUUCUAUUUGAGGAUCCUAAGUCCAACGCUGUAAGUGCCAUUGCUAUUUUCACGGAGACAAACUUCAUUACAAGGAAGAACGUCGAUGCUGAAUCCUACACUCUCCAUCUCUCUUCCGAGGAAAAUGACUCCGGAAUCGAUGACCAAUUAUCCUACUACAUGUGGAAGCAGAGGUUUCCAGUCAAGGAAGAAAACAGAGUGGAACGGAGGAUGGGAGUGGAGGAAUUGGUGAUAACAUUGGCAUUUCCAAAUGGAGAGCCUCUCGAUAGUGGAGUAAAGUCACCUGGGGUCUACGCUUUCCUUCCCACCGAGAUGGUAACCAACUUUCCCUUUAUAAUUCAGGCAGAUUUUGUUUUAUCAUCAUCCAGGGAAACCAUUCUCCUUGAUAACAAAUGGAAUCAGGGGAUUCUUGACUGUGUUCCCUCUGCUUUUGUCAAUGCUUUCGUCUCAUUGGUGAAAACAUCAGAUGAGGCUCCCUUGCCUUCUUUGGCCCGUAUGUUCAACUUCUUACCCAUCAUUCCUUCUUCCUAUGAGAAGUUGAAUGUUGUGAGGGAUUUAAUAAAAAAAAGGUUGCUUGAAGAAAAUAUCAUUCCUAGUCAUUCAUUCUUGAAGCAGAGGUUCUUCCACAAACCUCCUGAAGUGGGUAGAAUUAUGCCGGCCUUUUGGAAUAUAUUAACGAAGGCACACAAGCAAGGGGUGAGUUUGCUUAAUCUAUCGUCCCAUGGAAAGUACAUUUUAAGUUCGUCAUUCGAUAUAAAGGAAUACGAUCAGGUUCUUAGUUUCCUUGGUGUGAAGCCAGUGGACGAUGAAUGGUAUGCAAAAUGCCUGCAGGGUACUAACAUCGUGGAGGCUGUGUYGGAUGAUGUUUAUUUGGAGCUUCUACAAUUUCUUGCAGACAACUGGAGUUCAAGAUUUCAUGUUACAAACAUGAAGAACGUACCACUUGUACGAUAUGUUGGUCUUGAUGGGAAUGUUUUCCGAUGUAGUUUAAAUGAAUGUCGUGCAAGAAAGGUGCACCUUGCGCAUCAUGAUCAUCUACCAUGGCUGAAUAAAUUGAAUAGGGAGUUCAGAUUUGUUGCCAAGUGUUUCUUUAUGCCAGAAAGCACGCAGAAAUCCAUCCGGUCAUUUCCUAAGAAAGACACGUUGUUGCAAUGGCUUCGAGACCAGGUUAAAGUUGAUGCCAUCGGCGUAUUUCAAUUUGGAAAACUCCUUGUCGAGUCUCUUGGCUAUAACCCAAAGCACAUAAUUACCUAUGUUCACUUCCUAUAUCAUUCAUUAUCGAAAAAUUAUCUGACAAAUGUUGAGGUCAAGUCUCUGUGCAGUGUUAAUGUUAUGCCAGUAGUAGACAGAUAUGGCGCUGUCAUCAGACAGAGACCGAGACUUCUCAUCCCAGCGGAUGGUAGUAAAUGGGCAGAAUUGUUUGAUUCAAAUCCCUGGCAAAAUUAUGGCUAUGUUGAGUUGGGAGCAGAUUACAUCAGCCCGGCCUAUUUUGCCGGUGAAACUAUGACUAGAACACAGCUCAUAGAUUUUCUCAGAACACAUAUUGGUGCUUUGGAUAUCCCUUUUUUGUCUCCCCCCAACACAGAAAUUUCUGUUGUUUCUUCACCACUUACUGUGCAGAAUGUGCUUUUGCUAUUAGAUUGGAUUCGCAGCUUGAAAACUAGAGAAUUUCCCAUUCCUUGCAAAUUUUUGAAAUGCAUAAAGGAAGGUUGCUGGCUAAGAGUUACUCUGAAUGGAUCUCCUGGUUAUAGGCCACCAUCGCAGUCUUUUGACCUCUCCUCAUUGUGUGCAAGUAUUCUGCAAAAUGGACCAACUCCUGUGGAAAUCCCACUGAUUGAUCACAAAUUCUAUGCUGGCGGGUUAAAGGGCUAUGAAGAGGAGCUGAAAACUAUUGGCGUCAUGUUUGAAAAUGUUGAAGUAUUACAAUUUAUUGGGAACCACCUCAUGUCAGUGGCGAGUUUAUUAAGUUUAACAAGAGAAAACGUCAUCUCCAUAUUAAAAUUCAUCCGGUUUUUGAAAAAUCAGUUUUGUGUUGAAAGCUUUAUUGCUAGCAUAAGAAAAGGAACAUGGCUUAAGACACGUCAUGGUUACACCACACCAGAUGGAUCGGUGUUGUACAAUAAGGAGUGGAGGACAGCUUCACUUAUUAGCAACAUCCCUUUUAUUGACGAGGAUUACUAUGGUGAUGAGAUUCUUUCAUUCCGGGAGGAACUUAAGUUGCUUGGUGUGGUGGUUGACUUCCAGGAAGUUUCCCAACUUGUCGUGGACAAUUUGAAGCCACCUUCUCAGUUAACUUGUCUGAGAGCCGAGCCAUUUCAGUUGAUUCUUCACUAUAUAUUAAGAUCAAGGUCAGCCGAUUUUUUUGUUAACACAUUCAAAGGUGUGAAAUGCGUCAAAACAAAUCUAGGCUACAAACCUCCUGGUGAAUGUUACUUGUCAGACCCUUCUUGGGUUUCCAUUCUGCAGGUUUUUAGUGAUUUCCCUCUAGUUGAUUGUGAUUUCUAUGGGAGUUGCAUCUUAUCUUACAAGAGGGAACUGAGAAAAAUGGGAGUGGUGGUCGAUUUUGAGGAAGCAAUCAAAGCAUUUUGUCAAGAGUUCAGGCAACGAGUAGCUACAAGUUCUCUAACAAAGGACAGUGCGAUAUUGCUUCUGUCAAGCUACAAACAGUCGAAAGCGCCCAAAGAAUUUCCUUCGGRUCUUAAGAAGUGCAUUCAUGAGUUGAAGUGGUUGUGGACUCGACUCGGUGAUCAUAGAUCUCCUAAAAAUUGCAUAUUGUAUGGUCCAAGUUGGGAAUCUAUAUCUGCAAUUGCUCUCCUUCCUUUUAUCGAUGAUAGUACAAACUCCUAUGGAAACCACAUUCAUGAAUACAAAGAAGAGUUGAAGAAUAUGGGAGUUGUUACUGACUUUGCAGAUGGUGCUCAUAUGGUUGCUGCUGGGCUUUGUCUCCCACAAAAUCCUGUUAACAUUACUUCUGAAAAUGUGCUUUCACUUUUAGGCUGCAUCCGGACUUUAAUGGAGAAGAAUUAUUCCUUUUCAAAUGAUUUCUCCAGAAAGGUCUCGCAGAGAUGGUUGAAGACUUCUUUCGGUUAUAGGGCUCCGGAGGAGAGUUUGCUCUUCAUUCCUGAAUUGGAAUCUUUUCUGAAACCUACUGAUGGGCCUUUUAUUGAUGAAGAAUUUUACACGUUUGACAUUAAGUUGUAUAAAAAUGAGCUCAAAGAGAUAGGGGUGAUAGUUGAUUUGGACCAUGGAUGUCAAUUAAUGUCAAGUUUCCUUGAUUUUCAUAGCGACUUCUCCACAAUAAUACGAAUCUAUACUUAUUUGAGUACAUUCAAUUGGGAGCCAGACACCGAAGUUGCUAAAAGGAUUUGGUCACCUUAUGGAAAUAAUAAUGGACAGUGGAUCAACCCAAAAGAGUGUGUACUUUUUGACAAGGAAGACCUGUUUGGUUUGCACUUGACAGUUCUAGAGAGGUACUAUAAACAAGAUUUACUCAAUUUCUUUUCCAAAGCCUUUAAAGUAAGGUCCAAUCCUUCAAUUGACGAUUACUGCAAACUCUGGAAAGGUUGGGAAAGUAAUCAAGAUCAACUAUCUCAUGACGAGUGCUUUAAGUUUUGGAAAUAUGCUACUAAGCAUUGUAAUUCAAAAACUGAGCGAGCUUUCACUGAUGCCAUUACCAAAGUACCGGCAAUUUCUGGCUCAGAUGGAGUUCUUUUAUUUGAUAAACACGACAUAUUUAUUCCCGACGAUCUUCAAUUGAAGGAUUUAUUUGAACGAAUGUAUCCUCAUCCGCUUUUUGUAUGGUAUCCUCAACAAAGCUCACCUUCCCUGCCUCAAGCAAGGUUGUUGGAAGUUUAUAAGAACAUAGGGGUUCAGAAUAUUUCUGAGUCUGUUCAGAGGGUCGAGGCAGCCAUGGUUGGUGGAAUCACACUCAAGCAAGUGAAUCCAAAUGACAUUUCAAUUGGAAGAGGACUGGUGCAACUCAUUCUUGGUUUUUUAGCUGAUCCCGUUAAGAAAAUUGAAGCUACGAAGAGGCACGAAGCUGUUCAAUGUCUCCUCAAUAUUUCUGUCCUUGAGACUGCAGAGCCUGUAAUGAUAAACUAUAGUUUAUCCCUGACUUCUGGGGAGGUCAUCAAUGCUAGUGCAAGCCGAUUGAUACGUUGGGAGCGGAAGAGUUCAAAGUUCUUCACCCAGAAAAUGGUAGGUGGAUAUAAGGGGAUGAUAGAGUAUGCUACCUUCUUUUCUGAGGUCAUAUCUGAAGGUGUCCUUUGGGAGUAUAGUGAUUAUAUAUGUGCAUUAUCUGAGCUGAUCAAGUUGGCCUUUGUGCUGAAUUUUGAUGAUGAAGCUGUUAAUUUCAUAAUGAAAUCCAAGAAUCUGGCAAUCUUCAAGGAGGAUGAGGAUUUCCUCUCUUCUGCGUUCAGUGAGCAAUCCAAGUAG